AUGUCGGCGCCAGCGCAAGACGACCUGCCUGCGCGCCGCACACAUAGCAACGUCGAUCCCGGGCCCAGCAACCCCUCCCACUCGGGGCCGACUAACCCUCCCGCCACCGACGAUGCCUGGACGGCUGAAGACGUCGACAUACCCGACGGCCUGAGCGAACUGUUCACAACGCUUCCUCCCCCUUUCUCAACCUCCCGGUCCGGUUCCUCGUCUCGCAGAGAGCUCGCCGCCCCAGGGAACGACGGUGGCGCCACGUCUGUCCUUGCGUCCUCUUCCUCCACCCCUAUCGCUACACCAGCAACCCCUUCGGAGCAGCAGCUCACCCUUGAUGCUCUUCUCGGUCCGCCAGCUCGCCUACCACAUCGACGAACCCCUUCUCAAUCUCAGCGCACGUCCGCAUGGCGCGAUUCGAACGCUUCAUCGGCUUUAGGUAUGAGCUUCCCGAACGGUAGAAUCGGCGAUCAGCCCCAGACCUCAAGCGACCGCGAGUACACUCGAGAUCGCGACGAGUCGGCCUGGAACGGCUUGGCAACAGCACGUGCCUAUUACGAUUCUAGGUCGAGAAUGAGUGCGGGCCAAUUCGCUCGUUUGGAAACACUUACCGACCUCAUAGAUCGUAACCGCCACCAGCCUGGACGAUCCUCCGGGGAGCGCGCACCCGUCCGCGCACGCCUACCACCCGGGCCUCGCUCUGAGUCACAAUCCGGACCCAGUAGCACACUAUUCAACUCUCUCGUACGCCCAGUUCCGACAACCUCGACUUCGGCUGCUACAGCGACGGCCACUUCGAGCGGUUCUGGCACGGGCAACACGAACGAACGCAUGGCGACCACCGUGCUGCGGCGCCGCAACGGCGACGGCAUGCGCUGGGCGAACCGCGCUGCCUACAGUUUUGACCCGUCGGACAUUGCGCCUCCAGGAGGAGCCGACGAUCACAUUUGGGACAUUCUCGGGGACCCCGACUCGGACGACGACAUGUGGGGCAUCUAUCGCAUGGGAGAAGGUGACGACGUAGACGGCUGGGGAGACCCGCCUGAAGGUGGAGCGUCGCUGAGCCGUGGACGAAACAACAGACGCAGGUCGAGACAUGAGGAUGAUUCAAUGAGCAUCGACUUCACUCCGGGCCGAUUCCAGCCUACGAACAACUCGACAGAGGGUUCGCCCAUCGUAGUUGGGCGACGGCGGCGGCGGUCCGCGGGUACCACGCCACUCAAGGACGCGAACGACAUGGCGAGCAAGAAGCGAAAGUGCACCACGCCGAUAUUGCCCCCAGCGAGGCCCGCUUAUCUGCGCUACACCAGUCUGUCUGAGACAAGCGAACUUCCGAACGACUUUAUGGAACCUCCCCGCAGCUCACAUCUCGAAGUUUCCUACGAUGGAGACCGGCCUAUCGUUACCUUUGGCGAGCAGCACCGGGACCAGUUGCAGGACAGCGAGAGCGACGCUUGCGCACUGCGCGCCAACCGCAGCAUACCCACUGGGAUCGGUGUCCACUACUAUGAAGUGGAGGUCCUCGAUGCGGGACGCCUGCGAUAUGUCUCGGUCGGCUGGAUGUCAGCCACGUCUACGCUUAACAGGCUGGUAGGCUGGGACCGAGGGACGUGGGGGUUCCACUGUGAUGAUGGAAACUCGUUCGCGGGGCAGAACCACGGAAACGAGUUCACAGAGCCCUGGGGCUCCGGCGACAUUGUUGGUGUCGGUAUCGACUUUUCGACGGGCCGCGCAUUCUUCACGCGAAACGGCUCACUCGUCGGCAACGCCUUCGCGGAUCUCCCUCAGCACCUGUUCCCCGCUGUUGGCAUGCGGAGCCCGCGGGAGAGCGUGCGCGUCAACUUCGCCGGCCCCUUCAAGUACGACAUCAACAAGCACGUUGCGGAGAUCGCGGAGCGCGUGCAUGCGCAGCAUGUGCCGAAGCGGUGGCGGUUCAGCGUACCGGCGCCCGAGACCCGCAUCCCGAAGCUCGCUGGCGUGUCCCCACCACCACCACCACCAGCGGACGGCACGAUCUUCCCGCGCGGCGCGAGCGGGGACAGUGUCCUCGGCGGCGGGUCCGGCAGCGUGCACCUUGCGAUGCACGGCAAGGCCAAGGGCAAAGCGUCAGUCUCAGCUGUAAACGGCCUGCCACAAGACAGUCCGCUGCGUGACCCCGCCUUCCGCGCCGAGACGGCCUUCGUGCUCGACCACCUGCAGCAGAACGGCCACGGGCGUGCCCUGUCACUGCUGAAGGACGCCAUGGCGAAACGCGGCUGGAUGCGCCCCUCGCCCUCCUCCGACGGCAAGGGCGCACAGGACCUCGCGACCUUCCUGGCCGCGUUCCGCGAGGGACGAGUCGAGCGUAACCUCAUCCCGCGGCUCUUCGGCAAGCUCGAGCAGCGCCUCGCGGUACACGAACUGGCGCAGGCUGCGGCCGCGGCCGCAGCGGCAGAGGAGGGCGAGAUGGCCGACGAAGCGGACACGCGGGCGAUAGAGCUCGGGCGCGAGCUGCGUGCGCGCCAGAAGAAGGAGCGCUGGGACGAGGCAGAGGUCGAGCUGCUGGGCCACGCCGCCGCGCUGCUCGCCGGCCGCAACGCUGUCGCCGAGGCGGCUCUUGCGGCUGCUCGCGCAGAGGACGCCGCCGAGAUCGAUCGCACCGUCCGCGCCGAGCUCGGACUCCGUCCCCGGUCUGCUCUGUCCUUGGCUGUUACGCAGAUGCGCCUCAUCACGGACAAGCUCGGCGAGGCAGGCGACGGGGAGGCGCCCUUCCUCGGCGUCGACCGACUGCUCCCCAGUUCCUCCGCGGAUACAAAUGCUGGCGAGUCCGCCGACCCCAAGACAAUCGCCACCGGCUAG